CGUAAUUACUGUUUGGCUUUGUUUCAAGUUGUUCAGCUAAGUUUUCUGUUUAGGUUAUUGAUCUAUUGUGUGAAGUUCAGCUGUUUAUCUACGAAUGCCAAAACGAAAAAGGAUUCAUGGGAGUGAAGACAGUAGAGAAGAUGGUGAAGGGUCGAACAAAAGAAGGAAGGUUCAGGUGGAUGUUCCCACUCAUCUGACACGUCUUGAACAGGGAGAGAUAUGCCAGGAACUCUAUGAUACCAUACGAAACUUCAAAACUGAAGAUGGCCACUUACUUUGUGAAACCUUCAUUCGAGCACCAAAAAGGAGGAGCUUGGCUGAUUACUAUGAUGUGGUCAGUGUACCAAUGGAUCUUUUAAAAAUCCAGCAGAAAUUGAAAACAGAAGAAUAUACUGAAGUUGAGCAAAUGACGGCUGAUAUAGAACUUAUGGUGAAUAAUGCAAAGGCUUACUAUAAGAAAUCAACCCAGGAAUACAAAGAUGCUUGUGAUCUGUAUGAUCUUUACAUGGAAACAAAACUGAUGUGCUCUUAUCCAUAGCUGGAGACCAAAGAAGAGAUGAGUCUGAAACAGUAAGUCUAUGAUACACUGUCAAAUCAAGGAGAUUUCUAUGAAGAAGAUAAUCCAUUUGAAGAAUUGUUUACAGCUGUUAUGACUGCAACUGAUCAAGAUGGUCGCUCAAUUAGUUCAUUGUUUCAACUAUUACCAUCAAAAACGCGCUACCCUGAGUACUACAGAGUAAUCAAAGAACCAGUUGACUUGAAGACAAUAGCAACCAGAAUACAAAAUAACAGUUACCCUACACUCACAGAUUUAGAGAGUGACCUACUUCUUAUGGUUAAAAAUGCUAAACUAUUCAAUGAACCAGGCUCACAGAUUUAUAGGGAUGCAGCUAACUUGCGAAAAAUUAUAGUCAACAAAAAGCUUGAAAUCGAACAAAGAAAAGUCACCCCUGCAAAGUCAAGUGAACGUAUUAGGGCCAGAAGAAUGCCAGCUGGACAAAAAUGGUCAGCAAUCACUGCGGCUUUACAGUAUGAAUCUGACAUGGAUGACCGUGCCAGUUCAGUUGGUGGAGGAGAUGGUGAAGAUGGAAUUGAUGGUGUUGAUGAAGGAAAUGACUCUGGUCCAGAAGAUGCAGACAACAACCCUCAGUGGCAACUGUAUGAAACUGUUAAAACCUACCAGAGCCCACAGGGUGUUGUUCUGUCGGAGCCGUUCAUGAAGCUGCCACCAAGAAGAAUCUAUCCAGAUUAUUACAGAGAAAUAAAAUUACCUAUGUCACUUUUCAAGAUCAAAAGAAGAAUUAAGUCUGGUAGAUACCGCAGUACAAUGGAAGUAGUUGAUGAUAUGAAUUUGAUGUUUGAAAAUGCUCGGAAAUAUAAUCGUCCAGAUUCCAAAAUAUUCAAGGAUGCAGUGAAACUCCAAAAAGUCAUGCAGGGCAAGGCCAGGGACUUGAUAAACAUUCAUAUGAAGGAUUCAGACAGUGAUGGAGAUGGUGAUGAUAGAACUCCUAAGAGAAAAGUAAAGAAAGGGUUUUUCAUUACACCUGGUUCUGAUGGAAGGAAGAGCAGGAGGAUUUCUGAAGGAGAACUUCCAUUGAAAAAGAAAUUAAAGAUAUUAUACAAGACACUUGUUGAUUAUGUGGACGAUUUUGGGCGGCCAUUGAUAACCAUGUUUAUGGAGAAACCUUCCAAGAAGGACUAUCCAGAUUAUUACAAGAUUAUUUCAAAUCCAGUUGACAUGAAAACAAUUGAAUCAAACAUUAAGAAUGAUCGGUACAAUUCUGAAGAAGCUCUGGUUGCAGAUUUUAAAUUAAUGUUCAACAACUGUCGCCAUUACAAUGAAGAGGGUUCUCAAAUCUUUAGAGAUGCAGAAACACUGGAAAAGGUGCUUUUAGAUAAAGUUCAUGAAGUUGGUUGCUAUGGAGAUUUAGGUAAAGGUGGAAAGUCCUUUAAUAGAAAAACAAAUGAGGAAAUAGCAAGAGAGCAGCUUUUUGGAGACAAAGGAAGAGGAAGGCCAUGUGGUGUAAUAAAUCAGAAGCUACGAAGUUUGUAUGACACUGUGAAAGAGUAUACAGAUAACAGGGGAAGGAAAUUGUCUGUUAUUUUCAAUAAAUUACCAUCCAAGACAGACUAUCCUGACUAUUUUGAAGUGAUAAAACGCCCUAUAGAUCUGGACAAAAUUGGAAGUCGUGUGAGAAAUGGGUACUAUGAUAACUUGGAAGAGCUCAUUGCUGACUUUCUGCUUAUGUUUGACAAUGCAUGUCAAUAUAAUGAACCAGACUCCCAGAUUUAUAAGGAUGCCCUGACUCUUCAGAGGAUUGCUCUUCAAACUAAACAGGACUUGACAGAGGAUUUGGAAGAUGGAGUUCCUGAUGUAAAAGCUCUGGUGCAAGAACUGAUAACAAACUUGUUUAUAUCUGUGUAUAACCAGCAGGAUGAAGAAGGUCGUUGUUACAGUGAUUCAAUAGUAGAAUUCUCAGAAACAGAGAGCUCACUGGAACCUCAAGAUCCUCAAAAGCCACUUUCACUUGAUAUGAUUAAGAGGAACCUGGACAGAGGUCGCUAUCGUCGACUGGACCGCUUUCAAGAAGAUGUUUUUGAAGUAUUUGAACAAGCCCGCCGAAAGAACAGAACUGAUUCUCAAGUAUUUGAAGAUUCUGUAGAGCUUCAGUCAUUUUUUAUAAAGAUGAGAGAUGAACUUUGUAAGAAUGGAGAGUUAUUGAAAUCUCCCGCUCUUCACUACAUUGAAAGUGAUCUUCAGACUAGUGUAGAGGCUCUAAAGUCAGAAAAGUUACCCAAAGAACAGCAAGAAGCUGAGAUGGAACCUCGACAAGAAAAAGUAACUAGCAGGAAAGAAGAAAACGAAGUGAAAAAAAAUUACAUCAUGAGUUCAGUGAACACUACAAUACAAAAUGUUUUGUUUUAUCUUAAUGUUUUUUAUUUUAUUACAUACAGAGAAAAAGCAAUGGAACCGCAUAUCAUCCACAUUUCUAAGUUGCGGAGAGACAGUGAGGGUGAGCAAUGGAUCUAUGGAUGUUGGUUUUAUAGACCUAAUGAAACUUUUCACUUGGCUACCAGGAAGUUUCUUCAGAAAGAAGUUUUCAAAAGUGACAACUACAACAGUACUCCACUUAAUCAAGUCCUGGGGAAAUGUUAUGUCAUGUUUGUUAAAGAAUAUUUCAAACUGAAACCAGAGGGGUUUGAUGACAAAGAUGUAUAUGUUUGUGAAUCUCGUUAUUCUGCUAAAGUUAAAGCUUUCAAAAAAAUAAAGAUCUGGAGCUUCACUCCAAAUGAAUACAUUCAAAUUGUUUCUCGAGAAGAACCACUACCAAUUGUCCGUGUUCCAUCUGUGUUUAAGGAUGGUGUAGAAAGAUUCAAGGAGGAAAGCAUGGAUUAUGAUGACACAGACUUGAAGGUUAUUGAAAGACAGAAACCAAAUAUUCUUUGUGAGACCCAAAAUGAAGGAGAUUCUAAGAUAUAUUAUGAACAGUUCAGUAUCCCAUCUGGAGCAUAUAAACUAGGUGAUUGUUGCUAUGUACGUACAGAACAGGGUCGAACAUUGAUAGGAAAGAUUGAUCAGAUGUGGGUGGACAAGGAAAGUGGACAUGCCUAUUUCCAUGGGCCUUGGUUUGUUACUCCACAAGAAGUUCAACAUCCUCUCAACAGGUUAUUCUACCGCCAGGAAGUCUUCCUAAGCUCUAUUGAAGACACCAACCCUUUACUGAGUGUUGUAGCCCGCUGUGCUGUUUUAGAUGUAAAGGAUUACAUUGUCUGUCGGCCAACAGAAAUUUCUGAGAAAGAUGUGUUUAUUUGUGAGUCAAGGUACAUGGAAAAUGAACGUCAAAUUCGUAAGCUUUCUAAAGGUUUAAAGAAACCAGUUCUCUCACCACAAGUUACAGAAGAUGAAUUUUAUUUCUUCAGAAAGCCAAUCAAUCCUCAAAAGAGUGAUGUUCGUAGUGGAAACAACGUUCGCAAAACUCUACCAUCAAAAGUAUUGAGCACAGUUGAAAUGUCUCCACUGAUGUAUAGAGCUGGUAUUGAAACCGAUAAUGAAGAAUCUAAUGACAUUCCUCCUCCUACCACUCCCCGAGAUGACCAAGAAUCAAUGUCCACUCCAUUGUCCACCACUAAGAAGGUAAGGCUACUCCAAGGAUUGGGAUCAACUCCAGUGUCAACAACUAAGAAGACAAAAUCUGUCAAAAGAAUAGUCACAGGAUACAUAUUAUUUGCCUGUGAAGUUCGUAAAAGAGUUGUUACUGCUAAUCCUGAUCGUACUUUUGGGGAAAUUAGUCGUUUAAUUGGAGCAGAAUGGAGAAAUCUUCCUGCAGCUACAAAAGCAGAGUACGAAGAACGAGCUCAGAAACAAAAUGAAGAAAUGGCUGCCAAGGAAACAACGGAGAGUGGGCCUCAGUCCCCAGCCUCAGGACAUGGAGAUAGCAAAAGCAGUAACUUGGCUGGAGCAGAAAAAGGAGAGAAUACUGUGUAUGAGUGUUCUUGGGAUAGCUGUGAUCACCAGUUUGAAGAUCUUCAGGAUCUUAUUGAUCAUCUCUUAACUGAACCAAAUGGUCAUGUUCACUUGACCUAUAAGGGGGCAAAGGGUAAAGAGGGAGAAUACCAAUGUUUAUGGACAAACUGCUCAAGAAUAAAGAAAGGAGUACCGCCUUUCCCUAGUUUCCAGAGGUUGUUAAGGCAUCUAAAAGAAGUGCAUCUUAAAACAUCCUCUAAACAAGUGCUUCCUGAAAACAGAAAUAGGAAUUUCUUACCUUCCCAACGAAAUGGAAAAUCUGGAAGUAGUACAACACCUGGAUCAAAUUCAGCGGCUUUUCUGUCGGGGCCCUACUCAGGGCAGCCUUCUGGCCCUGGAACACUGUAUAGUCCUCAAGCUACCCCAAUGUAUCCUGGAAUGUAUUCCUCACCUUAUGUAACACAAGGUCAUGGAGGAUACAGCCAUAGACCAGCACCUCCUAUCUUUGUUUCCACACCACCUCGUACACAGCGCCUACUUCACUCCAGUAUCUACAUUAAGUAUAUUGAAGGACUGAAGGGUGAUAGCAGACAUAUAAGUGACUGGGAUGCACAACUAAAAGCUACAAAGGAUAACACAACAGUGAGUGACCCACAUCGCCUUCCUGUCCAAUGGCUGGCAAAUGGAGCGGGAAACCAUGGUAAUGUUGUCAAUGCAUUCUGGGCUUUGCGGGAUUUCAUGCUUCGAGAUGCAUUGAACAUUUCUAAAAUAUUGUAACAAAUAUUCAAACAAAGUAGCUCUUAUCUAUUGAAAUACUGUGUUGAUUUUUCUUUUACAAAAAUUGAUCUGUAUCAUGCAUGACUUCAUCAUUUUAUAGUAAUACAAAGACAUAAAAUUGAGUUGUUUUGUAUUGUACUCUUGUCUUAGCAAAACAUUCAUGUGUUCAAAUACUUGUGUAAGUUUUGUUUGUCAUUUUUACAAAAGGAUGUAAUACUCCCCUAGAAAUGAAAUAAAAUAUUAAAAAAAAAAUGUGUGUUACCAGAAUAACUUUUCCAUG